GAGAAGCGCGGGCACGGGCUGGGAGCCCGGCGGCACGGGCAGGCUUUCUGCGUCCCGAGCCGUGCCCUUCCCCUCCCCCUCUCCCCUGGAUACCCCGGGCAUGACUGCGCCGGCUCGGGGGUGCCCGCCGCUCGCAUGGGCCGCCGCGGAGAUGCUGCGGGGCCGCUGAGGGACCAUGCUGCGCUGCCGCGGCGCCGGGCAAGGCUGGACCUAGCCGCGAGAUGAGGCGGUGCCCGGCGUGACCCCCCUGCCCCGCCCGCCCGCCUCUCUCUUUUGUGUUGGCGCCUCGACCUGCCUCCCGGCGCUCCGAGCAAUGGCUACAGAAGUGGUGUGCGGGCUCAUCUUCCGCCUGCUCCUGCCCCUCUGCCUGGUCGCGGCAUGUGCGUUCCGUUACAAUGGGCUGUCAUUUGUCUACCUCAUUUACCUCUUGCUCAUUCCCCUGUUUUCAGAACCCACAAAAACGACAAUGCAAGCUUUAAAAGGCAGUGCUAUGCAGAGAGAGGGGCCUACAGGGGCUGCUGUGAAAGAGAAGAAUGUGGACAUACAGGACGGUUAUUAAAAUCCCUAUGCUUCACCAGUCUGUCAUUCCUGCUACUGCACAUAAUCUUCCAGAUCACAAUAAACAGUCUUGAAGCUGGAAAAAAAAUUGACCCCAAUUUUAACUGUACAACAUGGGAGAAAACAUUGCGACAGAUUGGUUUUGAAAGUGUGAAGGGAGCAGAUGCCGGCAAUGGGAUCCGAGUGUUUGUUCCAGAUAUUGGGAUGUUCAUUGCUAGCUUGACCAUAUGGCUUGUCUGCAGAAAAGUUGUUCAGAAACCAGUGACAGAGGAUGCAGCCCAAUACAACAUGCAAUUUGAAAAUGAAGAAAUGGCUGGAAGGGAAAAGUUAGAGCCAGAUGAUGCAUUGAUAUAUGAAGAUUUGGAUGUUGAAGGCUGUGAUGGGGAAGAAUUUGAAGAAACCACAAAAUUAAAACUACUGCGUAGAAUUGCCUCAUUGGCCUCUAAACUGAAAGAGUUAAUUGGCAACAUUAUAACCACCGCUGGAAAAGUUGUUGUGACAAUUUUACUUGGUUCAACAGGUAUGAUGUUGCCAUCUUUGACCUCAGCUGUGUAUUUCUUUGUGUUUUUGGGACUGUGUACAUGGUGGUCCUGUUGCCAAGUAUUUGAUCCGCUGAUAUUCAGCUGUCUGUGUGUAUUAAUGGCUAUAUUCAGUGCGGGGCACUUGAUUGGACUCUAUCUGUACCAGUUACAGUUCUUUCAGGAAGUUGUUCCACCAGGUGAUUUCUAUGCAAGGUUAUUUGGGGUCUCUGCAAUUGUCCAAACAAACUGUUCAAGUACCUGGAGGAUCAUAGCACGUGAAGAAAACAUCUGGUAUCACUAUGUCAACCCCAUUUUAUUGUUGGUGAUGUACUAUACCCUAGCAACUCUUAUUCGCCUUUGGCUACAAGAACCCAUAGUAAAGGAGACAGAUGAUGAAGAGAAAUCUGAUAACAGGGAAGAAGACAAGGAACCAGCCUGCAGCUCAGCUCCAAUGGAAGCGAAGAGAAGACGCAGUUUGUGGUAUGCGAGUCACUACCCAACUGAUGAGAGAAAACUUCUGUCAAUGACCCAAGACGAAUACAAGCCAUCAGAUGUCUUGCUGGUAACAGUGAAUGGAACUCCUGUAGAUUAUCACACUAUUCACCCCACACUUCCCAUGGAGAACGGACCAGCCAAAGCCGAUAUGUACUCAACACCACAAUAUAAAUGGGAACCAUCAGAUGAUAUGUCAGAAAAGAAAGAGGAGGAGGAAGAAGAGGAGGGGGAAGAAUUUAUUGAGGAAGAAAAAGAAAAUGCAAAAGUCCAUGCCAUGGUUUCUGUAUUCCAUUUCAUCAUGAAGCAAAGUUACAUUUGUGCUCUGAUUGCAAUGAUGGCUUGGAGUAUCACAUAUCACAGCUGGUUGACUUUUGUGUUAUUGAUCUGGUCCUGUACACUUUGGAUGAUUCGUAAUCGAAGGAAAUAUGCUAUGAUCAGUUCACCAUUCAUGGUUGUUUAUGGAAAUCUACUGUUAAUGUUACAAUAUAUCUGGAGUAUUAAUCUCCAUAAUCAUGAGCUUCCAGAAAUUGUAGACUUUUUAGUAAGGAAGGCACCUGGGGAACUAGCAUCUAAGAUUCUUUUCACGAUUACUUUCUGGCUACUGCUUAGGCAACACCUCACAGAGAAGAAAGCACUUCAGCUAAAAGAAGCAUCUUUAUCUGAGGUCAAAAUUGGCAGUGAUGAAGAAAAUGAAGAGAAAGAAGAGGAAUUGCAAGAAAGAGAAGUUCCAGAGGAAGAAGAGGAAGAUGAAGAUGAUGAACAGGAUAUUAUGAAAGUCCUGGGAAAGCUGGUGAUGGCUAUGUUCAUUAAAUACUGGAUUUAUGUCUGCGGGGGAAUGUUCUUCUUUGUCAGCUUCGAAGGUAGAAUUGUCAUGUACAAAAUCAUCUACAUGAUGCUCUUCUUGUUCUGCGUGGUCCUAUAUCAGGUGCACUAUGAAUGGUGGAGACGAAUCCUGAAAUAUUUUUGGAUGUCAGUGGUUGUUUAUACUAUGCUGGUACUUAUUUUCAUCUACACAUACCAGUUUGAAUCAUUUGGUUCCUUGUGGAAGAACAUGACAGGACUGGAUGAAGAUAAACUAGAAGAUCUCGGUUUAAAAAGGUUUUCGGUAGCUAUGCUAUUCACACGAAUCUUCAUACCAACCUCCUUCCUAUUAGUGUGUAUAUUACACCUUCACUACUUCCAUGACCAUUUUCUUCAGCUCACUGAUUUAAAAGCUGUAACCAGUAAACAGGACAAUACUAUUUACAGACUGGUACACCAAGAUGGGAGUCUGCCUGACAUAACCAUGAUGAGUUUAACUGCUGGCAAUGAAAAGAAAGAGGCUAAAAAUGUGGAAGAGCAUGGAGACAAGAGCACAGAAGAGAGCAGUGAGGAGGGAAGGGACGGUGAAGAUGAAAAAGAAAAAGACAAAGAGAAAGAGGAAGAGGAAGAAGAUGAUGAUGAUUCAGAAGUAGAAGAAACUACAGAUUUGAAAAACAAGUGGCAUCUGGUGAUUGACCGCCUCACAGUGCUCUUCUUGAAAUUCCUGGAAUAUUUUCAUAAGAUGCAAGUUUUUGUAUGGUGGCUUUUAGAACUUCACAUUAUCAAAAUCGUUUCUUCUUACAUCCUUUGGGUCACUGUGAAAGAGGUGUCUUUGCUUAACUUUGUAUUUGUGAUUGCCUGGGCUCUUGCUUUGCCAUAUGCUCAGCUUCGCUCAUUGGCAUCAAGUAUCUGCACUGUUUGGACAUGCGUGAUUAUCAUCUGCAAAAUGUUAUACCAGCUCACAUCUAUUAAUCCUGCCACCUUUUCCAGUAAUUGCACAAGGCCUUGGGAAAAUGAAACUAAUGCAAAAAAAGAAGAGCUAAAAUCAUCAGUCCUCUACAGUGGGCCUGUCGAUCCAGCAGAAUGGGUUGGAUUAAGAAAGUCCGAUACCCUGCUUGUAUACUUGAGGAAUAAUUUACUGAUGCUGGCUAUUCUAGCCUUUGAAGUUACAAUUUACCGGCAUCAGGAGUACUACAGAUGUCGAAAUAAUCUUACUGCACCUGUGACUAGAACCAUUUUCCAUGAUAUUACAAGAGUGCAUUUGGAUGAUGGAAUUUUAAACUGUGCCAAGUAUUUUAUAAAUUACUUCUUCUACAAGUUUGGUUUGGAGACUUGUUUCCUAAUGUCAGUUAAUGUUAUUGGUCAACGAAUGGAUUUCUAUGCCAUGAUUCAUGCCUUCUGGUUAAUUGCUGUAUUAUAUCGACGCAGAAGAAAAGCUAUUGCAGAGAUCUGGCCAAAGUAUUGCUGUUUUCUAGGAUGCAUCAUUAUAUUCCAGUACUUCCUCUGUAUCGGCAUUCCACCUGCUCCUUGUAAAGACUACCCAUGGAGAAACCCUCAGACUAGCUUCAACUCCAAUAUCAUAAAGUGGUUAUACUUCCCAGACUUCAUUGUGAGACCAAAUCCUGUCUUUCUUGUCUAUGAUUUCAUGUUGCUGCUGUGUGCGUCCUUGCAAAGACAAACAUUUGAGGAUGAAAAUAAAGCUGCAGUGCGAAUCAUGGCUGGGGAUAAUGUGGAAAUUUGCAUGAACCUAGAUGCAGCAUCAUUCAGCCAGCACAACCCUGUUCCUGACUUCAUUCAUUGCCGAUCCUACUUAGAUAUGUAUAAAGUGAUAAUAUUUAGUUACCUCUUCUGGUUUGUGCUUACUAUAAUCUUCAUCACGGGGACUACAAGGAUCAGCAUAUUCUGCAUGGGUUACUUGGUGGCCUGUUUCUAUUUCCUUCUCUUUGGUGGAGAUCUAUUAUUGAAACCUAUCAGAAGCAUUCUACGUUACUGGGACUGGCUGAUUGCAUAUAAUGUCUUUGUGAUUACAAUGAAAAACAUUCUUUCGAUAGGAGCAUGUGGCUACAUUCACUCGUUAAUCAACAAUAGUUGCUGGUUGAUUCAAGCAUUUAGUCUGGCGUGUACAGUUAAAGGUUACAAGAUGCCUGAAGAUGAUUCAAAAUGUAAAUUGCCUAGUGGUGAAGCAGGAAUUAUCUGGGACAGUAUUUGCUUUGCUUUCCUAUUAUUGCAAAGAAGAGUGUUCAUGAGUUAUUACUUCCUACAUGUGGUUGCAGAUAUAAAAGCUUCACAGAUCCUGGCAUCAAGAGGUGCUGAACUUUUCCAGGCCACAAUUGUCAAAGCUGUCAAGGCCAGAAUUGAAGAAGAGAAAAAAUCAAUGGACCAACUGAAGAGACAGAUGGACCGCAUCAAAGCCAGGCAACAGAAAUAUAAAAAGGGUAAAGAAAGAAUGCUGAGUAUGAAUCAAGAAUCAAUAGAAGGUCAAGACAUUCAAAAAGUUUCUGAAGAAGAUGAUGAAGGAGAAGCAGACAAAGAGAAAGCCAAGGGCAAAAAAAAGCUGUGGUGGCGGCCUUGGGUUGAUCAUGCUUCCAUGGUCAGAAGUGGAGAUUAUUAUUUGUUUGAGACGGAUAGUGAAGAAGAGGAGGAAGAGGAAAAAAAGGAAGAGGAAGAACCUCGGAAAAAAUCCGCAUUCCAGAGAGCUAUUGGAAAAUUUGCUUCAGCCAUUUUAGCCUUGCCAAAGUCUGUCAUUAAACUACCCAAAACUAUUCUUCAGUAUUUAAUCAGAGCUGCAAAGUUUGUUUAUCAGGCCUGGAUUACUGAUCCCAAAACUGCCCUCCGACAGAGACGCAAAGAGAAGAAAUGGUUUGGGAAGGAAGAGAAGCGAAGGCAAAAAAGACCUGGAGAUGCUGUUAUUGAUGUUGAUUAUGAAGACAGAGAAGAGGAACCUGUCAAAAAGAAAUCAGAUGGACCAGAUAAUAUCAUCAAAAGAAUAUUUAAUAUUUUGAAGUUUACCUGGGUCCUUUUUCUGGCAACAUUAGACAGUUUUACAGCUUGGCUGAACUCUAUUUCAAGAGAGCAUAUUGAUAUCUCUACAGUACUGAGAAUUGAACGAUGUAUGUUGACCAGGGAAAUUAAAAAGGGGAAUGUUCCAACUCGUGAGAGUAUCCACAUGUAUUACCAGAACCAUAUGAUGAACCUUUCUAAAGAAUCAGGACUGGACACAAUUGAUGAAGAUGCUGGUCAAGCUUCUGGUCUAGAGGCAUCUGAGAGGAUGGAUAGUUUAGAUUCAGCAGCUUCACGUGACAGUAUUUCCAGCUGCUACACUGAAGCAACCAUGCUGUUCUCAAGGCAGUCAACUCUUGAUGAUUUAGAUGGACCAGACACUGUUCCUAAAACAAGUGAGCGCGCUCGACCUAGGCUUCGUAAAAUGCACAGCAUGGAUAUGUCCUCUUCAUCAGCUGACAGUGGCAGUAUAGUGUCAAGUGAGCCUACCCAGGUCACCAUGCUGUAUUCCCGUCAGGGGACAACAGAAACUAUUGAAGAAGUAGAAGGGGAGCAUGAGGAUGAUGGGGCACGUUUGGCAUCAAGGCAAGAGGAGGAGACAGAAGAUUAUGGCAUGGAUUCAGAAGAGGUUGCAUGCACUCCGGAUACUGACAUGCAGUUGUAUUCUGUUGGGGAUGGCAAUGCUGAAGCCCCACCUUCAUAUAGCAAAGCAGUCAGCUUUGAGGAUAUUUCAGUUGGUUCUCAAGAUGACUCUGGUGGCAAGAGCCUCAUGUUAGUGAGCCCAGAUGAAAUUCCAAGUGACAAAUUGAAUGAUACCAUUCUCCCUCCAUUGACUCAUGAGCUAACUGCGAGUGAGCUGCUUCUGAACAAGAUGUUUUAUGAUGAGGAACUGGAAGAUUCGGAGAAAUUCUAUGUUGAUCAGCCUCGGCUAUUGCUCCUCAUUUAUGCCCUAUACAAUACGUUGGUGGCCCGGUCAGAAAUGGUGUGCUAUUUUGUGAUUAUCCUUAAUCACAUGAUCUCUGCUUCUAUGAUAACUCUUGUGCUUCCCAUACUUAUAUUUCUUUGGGCCAUGCUGUCUGUCCCCAGGCCUAGCAAGCGCUUCUGGAUGACUGCUAUUGUGUACACUGAGGUGGCUAUUGUUAUCAAGUAUUUUUUUCAGUUUGGCUUCUUUCCUUGGAAUAAACAUGUGGAGUAUACCAAAGAUAAACCUUACCAUCCCCCCAAUAUUAUUGGUAUUGAGAAGAAAGAGGGUUAUGUACACUAUGAUCUUGUUCAGCUCCUUGCUUUGUUCUUCCAUCGAUCCAUUUUAAAGUGCCAUGGGUUAUGGGAUGAAGAUGACCAAGGGGAUAAUGCCAGUAAUAAAGAGGACUCGGAUGACGAACUUUCAGUGACAGCGGGCAGGAGGGACUCUUCUGCUUCUUUGAAGUCCGUUAACCUUGCAGCAUCUGUGGAAUCCGUACAUGUCCACUUCCCAGAGCAGCAGACUGCCAUCAGAAGGAAAAGUUCUAGCAGCAGCUCACAACUUUCGCACAGAUCCAGCGUCUCUUCACACAGGUCAAAAAGAGGAAGCACCAGUACCCGAAACAGCAGUCAGAAAGGAAGCAGUGUUUUAAGCAUCAAGCAAAAAUCUAGAAAAGAGCUCCUUAUGGAAAAGUUUCGAGAACAAAUGAUCAAAGCCAAGGCAUUUACCAUUAAAAAGACUCUUCAGGUGUACAUUCCCAUCAGACAAUUUUUCUACAAUCUCAUUCACCCAGACUACAGUGCUGUUACUGACGUUUAUGUGCUGAUGUUCCUCGCAGACACUGUGGACUUCAUUAUCAUUGUGUUUGGAUUCUGGGCCUUUGGGAAACAUUCUGCAGCGGCUGAUAUCACUUCAUCAUUAUCAGAGGACCAGGUACCAGAGGCAUUUUUAGUGAUGGUGCUCAUUCAGUUUGGGACCAUGGUGGUAGACCGAGCACUGUAUCUCAGAAAGACAGUCAUGGGAAAAGUCAUCUUCCAGGUCAUCCUUGUUUUUGGGAUACACUUCUGGAUGUUCUUUAUCUUGCCCGGAGUGACAGAGAGAAAAUUUAGCCAAAAUACUGUUGCCCAGCUCUGGUAUUUUGUGAAAUGUGUUUAUUUUGGAUUAUCAGCAUAUCAAAUACGCUGUGGUUACCCAACCCGUGUUCUAGGCAACUUCCUCACAAAAAGUUACAACUAUGUAAACCUCUUCUUAUUUCAAGGAUUCCGCCUGGUUCCAUUUUUGACUGAACUGAGAGCAGUAAUGGACUGGGUUUGGACUGAUACCACUCUGAGUCUUUCCAGCUGGAUCUGUGUGGAAGAUAUCUAUGCUCAUAUAUUCAUCCUAAAGUGUUGGCGAGAGUCAGAAAAAAGAUACCCUCAACCUAGAGGCCAAAAGAAAAAGAAAGUUGUGAAGUAUGGAAUGGGUGGCAUGAUUGUCGUCUUGCUGAUUUGUAUUGUCUGGUUCCCGCUACUCUUCAUGUCUUUAAUCAAAUCUGUUGCAGGCGUUGUCAACAAGCCUCUUGAUAUAUCAAUCACAAUAACCCUAGGAGGUUAUCAGCCUAUUUUUACAAUGAGUGCUCAGCAGAACCAGCUCAACGAUAUGGGUGACAGUGAUUUCAACGAGCUUCUAAAAUAUUAUUCGGGUAAUACUGGAGCUUUGCAGUUUCUAGAAAACUAUGGAAAAGAAGAUAUAACUAUAGCAGAUCUAGAAGGAAAUUCAAACUCUUUGUGGACCAUCAGCCCUCCCAGUAGAAAAAAAAUGAUAAAGGAUCUCCGGGAUUUUUCUGCUAAAUUUGCUGUUGUUCUUUCAUGGAGUAUUCAGAGAAACCUCAGUCUUGGUGCAAAAUCAGAAAUAGCAUCAGAUAAGCUGUCCAUUUAUUUGCCAGAGGCAACCAGGGAAAAAAUUGCAGCCAUGAUGUCUCGAGAGUCAUUUGAAAAUGUGACCUUAGAAGAUGUAUAUCCAUACUACAUCAAGGCACCUAGUGAUUCUUUGGCAAAACCCAUAAAGCAGCUACUGAAAGAUGGGAAGAGGGACAACAUCACAGUUUCCUUGGUCGAAAAUAACUCCAGUGAGUGGUGGAUCUUGAAUCAGGUUGGAAAGAGAUCUAAAACACCUAGACCCAGCCUUGAACUCUUUGUAUUCAGUGACAAAGUUAGCCCACCCAGUCUUGGAUUCCUAGCUGGCUAUGGUAUCAUGGGACUUUAUGCCUCAGUUGUCCUGGUGAUUGGAAAGUUUGUCCGUGAGUUCUUCAGUGGGAUCUCUCAUUCCAUCAUGUUUGAGGAGCUCCCAAAUGUGGAUCGUAUCUUGAAAUUGUGUACUGACAUUUUCUUAGUACGAGAGACUGGAGAACUGGAACUAGAGGAAGACCUAUAUGCCAAAUUAAUAUUCCUCUACCGCUCACCAGAGACUAUGAUCAAAUGGACUAGGGAAAAAACGAAUUGAUCUCUGGCAUUUCACUACAAAUCAAGUUGACUUCAUCUGAAUUUAAACACAAAAGCACAAUAUUCUCAUAAGAGCUCAUUCUUUUCUAGUUAGGUAGCAGUGAUUUUUCACUGAUGGAAUCCUGGAAGCUACAUCUUGAGGAAUCCAUGCUGCCUUUCAAAUUAAGGAUAAACGGUGAAGAAGGUGUUUGAUUUUGUUUUUUUACAAUGCCACUCCUAUAAUCUGAGGACCUUGCUUUGUAAUUUAGUGAAGAAAAUGUUUUGCAUCCAUGUCUGGACUUCUAGACAUCAAUUCGUACCUGUAAAGAGCAAGGAGUGACCCUGCAGAUGACGUUACUGUACCUUCUUCACAUGUUCAGGAGUGAUAUGGUUUGGAUUGUGCAAUAUGCUGUUAUAUGUCACUGACUUCCUAGCCACAGUAAUGGGAAUCUGACUAGCCUUCAGGACACCCGAAACAAAAUGCCAGAGUGGAAGCUGAAGAAAAUCUAGCCAUGCCCAUUUAUAAAAAAGCUGAGGUUUCAAAGACUCUGUGGACAAGCCUCUGUCAGCAAAAAGAAAACAAAGUGACAAUUUCUUUAACUGCCUUAUUUUAUUUGUACAGUCACAGGAGACAUCUCCAUGAAACAUCAAUGACUUUUCUCAGGAAAAAAAAAAUCAAUGUUUAACUAAUGGCUAGAUCAAUGAUGGUGAAAAAUUGGGAUGUUCUGAAGGGCCACCCUCUCAAAAAUGACUGCUUUCCCUUAGAGAGGAAAAGAAAAGCCAGUCAAAAGACAUACGGAUAUGUUUAAUUUCUUAUAACCCUUUGAAGACUGAAUAGUCUGUGCUUCUCUCUUCUCUCCACAACAUGCAUUUUCCCAUUUCAAUGAUUCAAGGCAACAGUUUUGCUGUUAUCUGAUAUUUUCCUUCCAGUGUUUCAGGUAUACAAAAAAUGUUUACAUAUUCCAAUUCACAUUUUUACAUCCGAGACGGGUUUUUUAAGUUCCCAAAUGUAGAAGUACAUAUGAGCUUGAAAAAAUGGCCUUUUCUUAAAAUUAUUAUUAUUGAUGACACAAAUGGUUUGUUAGAGAACAUUGUAGCAUGAAAAUUUAUGAUUGUAAUGUAGGUUUCAUUCCAUGUUAAAAAAAUGCAAUUUCUGAGGGGAAAAACCUCACUGAGGGAGUAAGGUAUGUUAAAAGGUUAUACUGUGUAGUUUUGACUCAGUAAUGACUUAAAAUAAAGCACAUGUUGCAAAGUCA